AUGGAUGAUGAAACUGGAAUGGCCGAUCUGAGGCAAUACAUGAACCGGAGGCCUUUCUUUCCACCAAUUUCUCCGGCAGCCGACUUGUUAUCCGGCCACCAUCCCGGGUUGACGCAGCCGCAGCAGUACGACAUGUUCAUGAUACCACCUGGACUUCAGCCGGCGUUUAGGUCUGAUUCUACAACUAGUAAUACUACUGCUGGUGGUGGUUCGUCUAGUAGUGCUGGUGGUUUUGGUGGGUUUGAGUUGGAGGGUGUUGGGCUUAAUGGUUGUGGUGAUGGUGGCACUGGGCGGUGGCCUAGGCAAGAGACACUUACUCUUCUUGAGAUCAGAUCGAGGCUCGAUCCCAAGUUCAAGGAGGCCAACCAAAAGGGUCCUUUGUGGGAUGAAGUCUCAAGGUAUAUAAAACUUGAACAUGGAUAUCAGAGGAGUGGCAAGAAAUGCAGAGAGAAGUUUGAGAAUUUGUACAAAGAGAAGUUUGAGAAUUUGUACAAGUAUUACAAGAAGACUAAAGAAGGCAAGGCUGGUAGACAGGAUGGCAAGCACUACAGAUUUUUUCGCCAGCUCGAAGCGCUUUAUGGUGAAAUCGGCAAUACAGUCCCAGUCUCGGAAACACAUCUUGCCGGAAGCACUUUUCGAUACAAUAUGUCCACCAAUAACGUUUUAACACCUAAUCAGCAAGAAGUUUAUCAGGCUCCAAAGCUCUCAGAUACUUGCCUUAGUCUAUCCAAUUCUUCUGAUUUUGAUACUACUUCAUCAGAUGAAGGAGAUGUUAAUGGAGGAAUAAUCGACGACUCGAGUGCUAAUAGGCAGAAGAAAAGGGGUAAGAGGAGGUGGAAAGCAAAGAUAAAAGACUUCAUUGAUGCAAAAAUGAGGAAAUUGAUGGAUAAACAGGAGGCUUGGAUGGAGAAAAUGAUGAGGACAAUAGAGGACAAAGAACAAAAGAGGAUGAUAAGAGAGGAAGAAUGGAGGAAACAAGAUGCAGAUAGAAUAGAAAAAGAGCACAAGUUCUGGACUAAUGAAAGAGGAUGGAUCGAAGCACGGUAUGCUGCACUAAUGGAUGCUAUACGAAACGUUACUGGUAAAGAACUUAAGGCUUCACCGUCUGACGAAUUGAUGGCAGCAGAAACUCGAAGCCUAAGCGAAAACCAGAACAACGAUGAAAAGGGAGAUAUCUGGCCGGAAUGUGAGAUUACAAGGCUAGUCCAAUUGAGAUCUAAUUUGGACUCAAGGUUUCAACAAGGUGGGAUUUCAGAAGAAGUUCUGUGGGAAGGAAUAGCAACAAAAAUGGCAUGUUUUGGAUAUGACAGGAGUGCUUUAGUCUGCAAAGAAAAGUGGGAUAGUGUCAAUAAUUAUGUAAUCAAGUGCAACAAGAAAAGAAAGGAGAAUCCAAAACCCUGUUUAUAUUACUGUCAGAAUAAUGAGUCUAUGAGCAAUAAUCAUGGAGGAGCCUUUUGUGAUAAUACCAGUGGACUAGGGCAUGAGGCUUCACCUUCUAAUAGCAACACAGGAAAUGCAAUGAAUGAUAGCUGCUUUAGGUACUUUAUGGGGGAUGAUCAUAACAUGUGGGAGAAUUAUGGACUGAAACUCAACAAAUUAGGGUAG